UCUCAUGCUUUGAACGCUUAAAGUAAAAUCGACCACAGUUAGAUUAUCGCCGGGGAUCGAAAUCAUUUUAACCGUGUGAACUUAAACAAUUCCGGUGUGGUAGCGGCUAGGCGUGGCGUGCGCACGCGUUCUCCGACUGAGAUCUUCCGAAAUUAGUUCGAUUCUGGUUUCUCGGAUCUAAUUGGGCCGAGGCGUUGCGUGAGGCGGCGUGGGAACCGCUCGAGUGACACGAUACUCUCUGAAAAGCGUCGGCUUGUUACGCUUUUGGUCCCGUUGGUGGUAUAAAAGUGAUACAAGGUAAUAUUCGAAAAUGUCUGACCCAUCACCGUUGUCGAAGACUGCGAAGUACAAGAAGAUCACAAAACCUCUGCUGGAAAGGAAGCGGCGCGCGCGCAUCAACCGGUGUCUAGACGAACUAAAGGACAUCAUGGUUGGCGCUUUGGAUAUCAAUGACGACAACAUGAGCAAGUUGGAGAAGGCAGAUAUCCUUGAAUUAACCGUUAACCACCUCACUAAGCUGCACAGCCCUAAGGACCCGGUUGUGGAGGCGAAGAAGUUCCAAGCCGGGUUCGGGCAGUGCGCGGCGGAAGCCUGCCGGUUCAUUAUGUCGGUUCCGGACUUGGACUCGAAUGUCAGCCAAAACUUGAUCAGCCACCUCUCGCGGCUCAUCACGGCGCAGCCUCUCACCAUACAAGUCCCGGACAGGCCGCCCUUUUCCCCGCCGACGUCCCCAGCCUCUGUAGUAUCUGACAGACAACAUUACUACAGCGAUCACGAUAGGUCGUCUUCGGAUGCCGAAGACUCCAUUUACUCGGGCGAAGGAAACGUAAAACAAUGGGUAUAUUCCCGAUCUAAUCCCCCACACUCGCGCAAAGCGACCACCCCCAUGACUGGGCUCCUCACCACCGUUGACAAAAUCCCUGCACCCCAUCCAUCCGACCACUUCCAUGUCAGUGACCGCAGAACACCACACUUCAAUAGAGUCCCAGCUGAUGCUAAAGAUGUUAUUCUCCAAAAGAUCAGACAACACAUCAUGGAUAAACGAGGCAAUGAUUACAAUGCCGAUAACAAUUCAGGGGGUGAGGAUAGUGAAGUUAAAUACUACAGACACGAAGUUUACAGAAGCGACGCUAAUCAGUAUUCGCCAGCAAAUGUUCCUAACAACGACACUUUAGAUCUUAGGAAAUAUAGGUCGCCGGCGAAGUCUUCCGAGACGGCGCUAUCGCCAAAAAAGAGCCCAUACGUCGCGAAUCAAUUGGACGCGACUCCUUUGGAGAACAAAACUGAAGCGACGCCCGUUGUUCCGGAACAAUGCGAAUUGCCGAUGGAUUACAGCAACUUGCCGCCUAAAAAGAAAAGGAAAUUGAUCGAGUACCAAGAGUACAAAAAGCAAGAGGAGGCGAGGCGACAAUUGGAGGCUUUUUAUGCCGAGCAAAAAAGCGCGGGAGCGGGCGUGGGCCCGCCGGCCGACGACGACGCCAAGUGGCGGCCUUGGUGAGAUACUGCCGCGCGCCGCGCGCCGAGGGUGAACACGCGAUUUGUGAUAUUAUUAGUCUCUUCCAUGGAAAGCUUUAAUUUUUUAUAAUUAAUAUUCGAUAGAAACAUAAGUGCCUUACACCUGUAAGUUUUAUAUUUGUUUGAGUAUUCAUAGUUAUUGUUAGGUAGAUGAUACUUUUAAUAAUUUUGUAACUUCAUAGCAUACUGCUAUAUUAAUUAUGUUAUUGACAUAUGUAAUUAAAAUUUAUUUAUGUGCCAUUUGUUUGAUCUCGAUGUCUUCCUCUUUGAAUAUUCAAAUAAGUAUUGUAACAAGGUAAAUGUUCCAAAUAGAAACACUUACCUAACUCAUAUGAUAUUAAAUGUUUGAAUAAAUAAUGAAA